AUGUCUUCCCACGACAAGAAUGGAAAGGCUACCUCGAGCGGCAAGGCCUCCUCCUUCUUCUCGAGAGCUACCGGCAAGAACAAGGCCGACAAACGAAACCCGAGUGAUGAGGGCGGCCGAUACCUUGCCGCCGACAACGACGCCGCCAGUACCCAUACCGCGCGCAGCUCGCGCCACUACCGAGACUCGUCCGUAAUAUCCCUGGACCGGCCCGACACCCCCGAAUCUGGCCUCAACGUGACGGCAGGGGUUGUCACGACGAUCCCCUAUGACGCUGUCCCCCCCGACCGUCGCUCUCCCGUUGCCCUCGACCACCUUCCCAGGCCCGACCAGAUGCCCGUAAGGCGAGACCUCCUACCACACCACCUAAACAAAGGCACCGGUGACUACCACCAGUAUCCCAUCAUCGACCAAGGCCCAAACUCCCCCUAUAAUGGGAAUUCACCCAGCGCAUCAAGUUCGCGCUCGACUCUCGCUUCCGCUAAUAUCACCAUGGCCUCGACGGGCCGCCAGGCCCAGUACCAGCAAUGGGGGCCGCCAAGAGAGAGCAGUUUGCCCGGAUACAAUCCCAAUUCCAGAGGCCAUUCGUACAUGACGACCCGCAGCUCGGGCGACAAUGCCAGCAUCUACUCAGGUAGGGACGGUCCCUAUCAAGAAGCCCCAGGAACCAGCCAUCGCUCAUCCAGGAUAGGACUCCCUAGUACUUCGUCUCAGUCAUCCUACCUUUCUCACCAUUCCCAUAGGGACAGAGAUACCCAGCGGUUAACCAAGGUCGCUGCCGGCCAUCAGGGCUCCGAAGGAUUCAACUUCCCCAAGCCAGACGAUGACAAUGUGAUCGAACAGAUGUUCAUAAACCUGAUGCAAAAGCGAGGAUGGCACAACCUCCCCGACCAGGCCAAGCGCCAGAUGAUCGCAUACCCCGCCGCAAAGAAAUGGACGUUGAUUUACCAGGACCGACUCACCGAGUGGCAGGGCGAACAGAAGCGCAGACAGACGGCCAAGAUUGGCCAAUACAACAAUGUCGAUAUCACCCAAUCCUCCGAUGACGAAGGCAGCCCCGAAUGGUAUGUGCGCAAGGUUAUGGAAAACGCUCUGGACAGUAAAGGACUCGGAGGUCUGGAAGUCAACCUUCGAACACAACAGAUCGGCUGGGUCAAGCGCUUCAUCGACUGUCAGGGACAAAUAGCCUUAACCAAUGUCCUGCUAAAGAUGAACCGAAGGACUGCCCUCGGACCUGCUCAGCCGGACAAUGGGAGGCUGGAUAAAAACCUGGACCGAGAAUAUGACAUUGUCAAGUGUCUCAAGGCUCUCAUGAACAACAAGUUCGGCGCAGACGAUGCGCUAGCUCACCAACAGGUUAUUGUGGCUCUGGCCAUCUCCCUGAUAUCACCUCGACUCACCACCCGGAAGCUCGUCAGCGAAGUCUUGACAUUCCUCUGCCACUGGGGCGAAGGCAAGGGCCAUGUUAAGGUCAUCGAGGCCAUGGACGUCGUCAAGGCCCAGCAAGGCGAAAACGGGCGCUUCGAUGCUUGGAUGCGCCUUGUUGAGGUCACUGUCGACGGCCGUGGAAAGAUGGGCAGUCUGGUUGGUGCCAGCGAGGAGGUACGAAGUGGUGGCAUUGGCAUGGAGAAUCUGCUCAUGGAAUACGCCGUUGCUACACUCAUCUUGGUCAACAUGUUGGUCGAUGCCCCUGAGAAGGACCUGCAGCUGCGCAUCCACAUUCGGGCGCAGUUCACGGCCUGUGGCAUCAGGCGCAUCUUGAACAAGAUGGAGGCCUUUCAGUAUGAGCUGAUCGACAAGCAAAUCGAGCGGUUCCGCUCCAACGAAGCUAUCGACUAUGAGGAUAUGCUCGAGCGUGAGAACAGCAGCAUCAAAGAUAGUAUCGAAGGUGAGGUUAAGGAUCUCAACGACCCGGUACAAAUCGUAGAUGCCAUCCAGCAGCGGUUACAUGGAACCAAGACGCAGGACUACUUUGUAUCUGCUCUCCAGCAUUUGCUGUUGAUCAGGGACAAUGAUGGCGAGGAGAGACUGCGCAUGUUCCAGCUGGUGGACUCCAUGCUCAGCUAUGUAGCGAUGGACCGCCGGUUGCCGGACAUGGACCUCAAGCAGAGUCUCAACUUCACUGUUCAAAGUCUGUUAGAUAAGCUCCAUACCGACUCUGAAGCUCGUCAGGCUCUAGAUGAGGCCCUCGAAGCGCGGCAGAUAGCGGAUGCCGCUAUGGCGGAGAGGGAUGAGAUGAAGGAGAGACUAGCAUUGGGAGCGGACGGUCUUGUGGCUAAGCUACAAAAGCAGAUCGAUGAGCAGGCCAUGUUCAUUGAGGCCCAGAAAAGACGUGCCGAGGGCCUCAAGUCGGAGCUUGCCAGCUUGCAGACCCUCCGGGCAAAGGAGGCGCAACGCUACGAGCUAGAGACCCGCGAACUAUACCUCAUGCUUCGCGAUGCUCAAGAUGUAGCUGCCUCUAACGCCACCAAGGGCAAUACUAAGCUUGGUGAGGAAGACGUGGCCCGCAUGCAAGGCAUCCUCGAUCGUGAGAGGCUUCUUGAACGCCUCCAAAUGCAGAUUGAGCGCCAAAAGACGCAGUUUAAGCUUGAAGGGAGAGUAUGGGGCGAGAUGAUUGGCCCUUCGGAUAGGCUCCGAGCUCUACGGGAGGAGAUGGAUGGCUUUGGGGAGGAGACACCGGAGGGUGCGCCACCCAACGACUUCACCAAUUCCAUGCUUGGCAGCGUCAAGAGGUCGACCAAGAUACCCAGAAAGCCUGUUGGUACCCGGGCAGAACAUGUCGAGAACCUUCUCGAGGAAAGCGAUGUCGAGGUCGGCGACGACGGCGAGAUUGUGUACGAGAAGCCUCGCGUGGUCAAGAUCAGGAGGCCCGUCGUGGAUCCCAAGCAGGCCAAUGGUAUGGUGUUCAACGAACUCACUGGAAAGGUCAAGAGGUACGAUGCCAGCGACUCCGAGGAAGGAUAUGGUAUCACCACCGGUCCCUCGCAUCCCAGCAUGGAGUCUCAGACACCUAUCACCCCCAGCGAUACUGAGACUCCCAAGAUCCAAGUCACCGAUGCUACUGCGCCAGCUGCGGCUCCGGGUCCUCCUCCUCCACCACCUCCGCCGCCUCCGCCUCCGCCGCCUCUGGCCACCUGCCUGGUGCCCGGCUCCGAUUCCCG